AUGCACCCGCACCCAGACCCUGCACCGAGACCCCGCACCCACAGCGAGAUCUUGCACCCAGGAGACCCCGCACCCUCGCCCCUCCAAGCCCACUCCGAGCCUGUGCACCCCCGCUGGGGUCCCGUGGCCCUGUCCGGGUCCCGCGCCCACUCCAAGACCCCGCACUCGCUCCCACGCCCUGCGCCCACCCCAGUUAUUCCCUCGGGGAAGGGCCGUGGGGAGGCGGAGGGGGUUGCACCGCCUCUUCGGUGCCCUCGAUCCCAGUUCGCACCAGUCCGCUCCAAGUUGGGCCCGUCCCGGUGGGAGCGCCCUGGGCGGGAUUCGAACCCGGCACCCAAAGAGCUGCGAGGGGCGGAGCUCCAUUGCUGGCCACGCCCCCAGCCGCGCUCAGCCAAUGAGAGCGCGCCCCGCCCGGCCCUGCCCGGGGGAGCCACGCCCAGCCCGGCCCGGCCCAGGCGCGACGGGGCGGCCGAGAGGAGCCGAGUGCGGCCGAACCGGGACCCGGCGGGGCCGAACGGAGCCGAGCGGGGCCGAAACGAGACCCAGCGGAGCCGAACGGAGCCGAGCGGGACCGAACCGGAACCCAGCGGGACCGAACCGGGACCCAGCGGAGCCGAACGGAGCCGAGCGGGACCCGGCGGGACCGAACCGGGACCCAGCGGGACCGAACCGGGACCCAGCGGAGCCGAACGGAGCCGAGCGGGACCCGGCGGGACCGAACCGGGACCCAGCGGGACCGAACCGGGACCCAGCGGAGCCGAACGGAGCCGAACCGAAGCCGAGCGGUGCCGGACGGGAUCGAACCGGGCGGAGCCGAAGCGGUUCGGAGCGGCUCGGCCCCGCUCGGCUCGGUUCGGCCCGGCCCGGUGCGGGGGUCCCGGGCCGGUGCCGGCGAUGCGGCCGCUCCCGGUGCCGCUGCUGCUGCUGCUGCUGAGCCCGGUGCGGGACGGAACCGGGAGCGGGACUGGGAACGGGCCGGGCCGGGAUGGGACCGGGACCGGGAGCGGGACUGGGAACGGGCCGGGCCGGGAUGGGACCGGGACCGGGAGCGGGACUGGGAACGGGCCGGGCCGGGAUGGGACCGGGACCGGGAGCAGCCCCUCCCCCCUGUGCCCGCAGGUGCCGGGGCGGGGCGGGGGGUGCCCCCCGUGUCCCCCCGGUGUCCCCGAGCCCUGCGACAGCCGCUGCCCGCCCUGCGCCCGCACGCGGAGCCCCGCGGAGGAGGAGCCGGAGGAGCCGUGCCCGCCCUGCCCGCCGUGCACCCACGAGGCCACGGCGCCGCUCCCUGAGGGGACCCCGCCGGUGUCGGGGGACCCCCGAGUGACCCCCGCCGGUGUCGGGAGCCCCCCCCGAGCCGCCCCCCGGGGACAUCAUCCCCCUGUACUGCGCCCCUCCUGGCCGCGCUCGUCGUGGGGCUCGUGGCCUACGUGGCCUUCAAGUGCUGGGACACCUGCAGGAAGAAGCGGCAGCUGGACAAGGCGAGGGACGCGGGGGACGCGGGGGUGGCGGCGGACGGGGAGAAGCUGCGGGGGGACAGCGGCGUCUGCCCGGACAGCCCCGGCCUGGAGCCCCCCCCCCCCCCGGAGGGUCCCUCCCCGCUCCCGGGGUCCCCGCGGCGCCAGGAAGAGCCGGGAGAGCUGGAGCGGCUCCUGGAGCUGGGGACACCCGGCAGCGAGCGGCGCGGCCCCGGGGUGGCCCCGGGGGGACAUCACCUCCGCCGUGUGACCCCCCCGGGACACCGGGGCCGCGCCGGUGGCUGCUCCCGGGGGGGGUUCCCGCUUCCCGAUGGAUUCCUGGGGUUUUUUACGUGGGUUUUGUACUUUUUUAGGGAUUCUGGGGGGCGGGACAGGGACCUUUGGUGGGGGUAUUAAACGUGUCACUGGGUGCCACCA